UCCUCUCUGCUUUCCCACUCUUCAUCUAUAUCCUCUGUUUUCUCUCCACUAAAAACUCCAUAUAGCCAUUUCUAUCUCUUUUCAUUAAUUCUCACAAGAGAAAAGAAGAAUGCAGAUUCAACCCCGCCCUGAGCAGCAGCUCUCUCGUCAGGUGGCCAAGACCACCACUGCUGUCACUGUGGGUGGCUCACUCAUGGUGCUCUCCAGCUUAACGCUGGCGGCCACCGUUAUCGGCCUAGCUGUGGCUACCCCUUUGCUGGUGAUAUUCAGUCCUGUUCUUGUACCAGCUGUGAUAACCGUUGGGUUGAUCCUUGCGGGGUUCUUGGCUACUGGUGGUUUUGGAGCCACUGCUUCCUUUGUUUUCUACUGGAUGUACAGAUACGUCACAGGGAAGCAUCCGAUCGGCGCUUCCAAGAUUGAUUAUGCGAGGGAUAAAAUUGCGCAUGCAGCAUAUGAUGUGAAGGAGAAGGCGGAGCAAUUGGGACAUCAAGCAGGGCAACAGAUUAAGGGUUGAGAGGGGCUUAGAUGAGUUUAAUUUUCUUAUGCAUGCAUGUGCACCUUUUAAUUGUUUGUUAAUCGGUUUUUGUGUGAGAAUGUGAGUCUCGUGUUUGUUGGAUAGGGAAAUGUUGUUGGAUUUUGUGGUAGCUGUUACUGGUUCUGUAUCAAGAUUUACUUUCACUUAAUGAGUCUGUUCUUUGUUUUA